ACCGUGUCUGACAAAAGCAGCACUCGAUAGACGCUUAGAAAAGUCUUCCUUCCAUCUGCACGUCCACGUUGACAGGCGGGCUUUAUGGGAGGCCAGAAAUGUUCUCUCUGUGAGGAUCAAGCACCUCGGACAGCGCCAGAGGUCAAGUCCAGAUACGGCUGGAGGCGAUGAGGAGCGGUGACUGUAGCCUUCUUUUUCCAGUUACCUAGAACCACGUCUCAGCCUGAGCUACGGGGGCCAGCAUCCACUCCCCCAGGCCCGGAGGUGAACACCUCUUACCUGAGCAGCCAAACGCUCAAGACAGCCCUGCGGAAAGGAAGGAAUUGGAUUGGGAGACUGUGAUUUUGGAGAACCGGGGACGUCUGGAGACGGGGCGGAGGACGACAUGGGGUGCUGCAGUGGCAGGUGCACCUUGGCCUUCAUCUGUGGCAUGCAGCUGGUCAGCGUCUUGGAGCGUCAGAUCAUCGACUUCCUGGGCUACCAGUGGGCUCCCAUCCUCACCAACUUCAUCCACAUCAUUGCGGUCAUCCUGGGCCUGUUUGGCACCAUCCAAUUCAGACCGCGCUACGUCACCGGGUACGCCGCCUGGCUGGUCGUGUGGAUGACCUGGAAUGUUUUCAUCAUCUGUUUUUACCUGGAGGUGGGGGAGCUGUCCAAGGACUCUGACCUUGUCCUGACGUUUAACCUGUCCAUGCAUCGGUCCUGGUGGAUGGAGAACGGCCCCGGGUGCACGGUGACUCUCGUAACCCCUCCCCCCGCCUGGGCGCCCGAGGACCACCGCUACAUAUCGAUAUCGGGCUGCCUGAUGGACUUUCAAUUUGUGGAGGUGGCUCACUCCUCGCUGCAGAUACUGCUGGCUUUGGCGGGUUUCAUCUAUGCCUGCUACGUGGUCAAGAUCAUCUCAGAGGAGGAGGACAGCUUUGACUUUAUAGGCGGCUUCGACUCGUACGGCUACCAGGGGCCUCAGAAGACCUCGCACCUUCAACUACAGCCCAUGUACAUGUCAAAAUAAAAGACCAGGAGCUACUUUACUGCUAUGUUUUUUUUUGUUGUUGUUGGACAAAGGAGACAGGAAGACACCGCCGUCCUUCCAGUGCUUUGCAGAUGAUGUAACACUGACCUCUGGUGGUGAGAGUCAGCAACUACAAGGCAAACUGCUUUUAUUUGCCUGCAGGCGGGAGGGAGGCUUUUUAACCUUACAUGCUGCUGUGUUUCUGCACUGGAGGCGUAAAACAUCACACUGACGAGCACCUUGGUCAACUUUAUGGUACUUUUUCUUGCUCUCUAGUGCCUGAGAGAUGCGGAGACGUUCUGACAGUACACUAACAAACAAGGAAUGUCAGCCGUCUUUCUUUUCUUCCUACUUCCAAGUUUGUUUGGAUUCUGGAUACAUGCGAUGGAUGCUUUCAUGAUGAACUUUGUUUAAAAAAAAAAACAUGUAGAAAGACACAAAGCGAUGUAGAAACGUGCUGAUAUAAAUUCAUGUUUACAGCCUUGACGGGAGGAGUAAGAUUUUUUUUUUUUUAAUCCGAGAACUUUUUUGUGUGUCUUCAUACCUCGGCUGUCUGAAUACUUUGUCUUCCACCCACGAGAGACAGGCAGCAAGAAGACGAGGGAGAGGUCAGGCAGGUUGUUAGCAAGCAGCAUCCAUCCGUGACUAAGACAUCUCCCAAAGGUAACGUCUUACCUUGACACAAACGACAAUCACAGUCAGUGGCCUCAAUCUGCAACUGGGCUCUUUUUUUUUUACAUUGUUAACGCAAAACACCCAAAAUGGGCUGCUUUUAUACUAUUUUCCCCGACAUAAUCCCAUUACGCAUAUCUGAGACAUAUACAGGUACGAGGUUCCAUGUGUAUGCUUGGGACUAAAAAUGGCCGCCAAUAGGGAAACAAAGCACAAUUUUUUUUUCUGAUCUAAUUACAUUUUAAGAAGCCUAAAACUAAGAAACAGUUGAUCUACAUCAGGGGUGUCCAAAGUGGGGGGGAAAUAAUGUCAUUUUAGGAGCAUAAAGUUGAAAUGUGGAAAUAAAACAAAAUAAAGUUGGCAUUUAUGGGAAAUUAGGUUGGGAAAAAGUUAAGUUAUAAUAUUAUGAGAAUAAGGUCAGCAUAUUAUGGGAAUAAAUGUAUAAUAUUGGCGGCACGGUGGUCUAGUGGUUAGCGCGCAGACCUCACAGCUAGGAGACCAGGGUUCAAUUCCACCCUCGGCCAUCUCUGUGUGGAGUUUGCAUGUUCUCCCCGUGCAUGCGUGGGUUUUCUCCGGGUACUCCGGUUUCCUCCCACAUUCCAAAAACAUGCUAGGUUAAUUGGCCACUCCAAAUUGUCCAUAGGUAUGAAUGUGAGUGUGAAUGGUUGUUUGUCUAUAUGUGCCCUGUGAUUGGCUGGCCACCAGUCCAGGGUGUACCCCGCCUCUCGCCCGAAGAAAGCUGGGACCCCCGCGACCCUCGUGAGGAAAAAGCGGUAGAAAAUGAAUGAAUGUAUAACAUUACAAAAAGACAAUUUAAGAAGUUGACAUAUUUGGACAAAAAAUAGGAAAUGGUUUGCACAUGCCUGAUGUACAUCAAAAGAGACCUUGAAUUUUGCUCUUUUCAUACAAUUUUCCUCCCAAUCCCCUCAUAACUAAAACAGUGCAAGAGUCUUUUGUCCAAUUCUUCAUGUCAUAAGUGCCAAUGAUGCGUUGCUUUGUGGAAUUCUCUACAACAGGAAAAUAACAGACUGCUGGAGACAAAAAAAAAGGGACGCCAAUAUGGAAACAAAGCAAAAAAAUAUGUUUUUUUUUUU